AUGGAGGAAUUAAAAGGAUAUUUAGAACUAGAUAGAUUUAGGCAACAUAACUUCCUAUACCCACUUAUCUUUCGGGAGUAUAUUUAUGCACUUGUUCAUGAUCAUGGUUUAAAUAGAUCUAUUUUGUUGGAAAAUGUAGCUUAUGAUAAUAAAUAUAGUUUACUGAUUGUAAAACGUUUAAUUACGCGAAUGUAUCAACAGAAUCAUUUGCUGAUUUCCACUAAUGAUUCUAACCAAAAUCCAUUUUUAGGAUACAACAAGAAUUUGUAUUCUCAAAUUAUAUCAGAAGGAUUUGCAGUCAUUGCGGAAAUUCCAUUUUCUUUACGAUUAAUAUCUUCCUUAGAAGGGGCACAAAUCGUAAGAUCUUACAAUUUUCGAUCCAUUCAUUCAAUAUUUCCUUUUUUAGAGGACAAAUUCCCACAUUUAAGUUAUGUGGCAGAUGUACUAAUACCCUACCCCAUCCAUCUGGAAAUCUUGAUUCAAACCCUUCGCUACCGGGUGAAAGAUGUCUCCUCUUUGCAUUUAUUGCGGUUCUUUCUUCAUGAGUAUUCUAAUUGGAAUAUUGUUAUUAUUCCAAAUAAAGCUAUUUCUUUUUUUUCAAAAAGUCAUUCAAGAUUAUUGUUAUUCUUAUAUAAUUCUCAUAUAUGUGAAUACGAAUCUGUCUUCCUUUUUCUCCGUAAACAAUCUUCUCAUUUACGAUUAACAUCUUCUGGAGUCCUUUUUGAGCGAAUUUAUUUACAUAGAAAAAUAAUAAAACAUCUUGUCGAAGUCUUUGCUAAUGAUUUUCCGGGCAUCCUAUGUUUCCUGAAGGAUCCUUUCAUUCAUUAUGUUAGAUAUCAAGGAAAAUCAAUUCUGGCUUCAAAAGAUACGCCUCUUCUGAUGAAUAAAUGGAAAUAUUACCUUGUCAAUUUAUGGGAAUGUCAUUUUUAUGUGUGGUUUCACUUGGGAAGAAUCUAUAUAAAUAAAUUAUCCAAGCAUUCCCUCGACUUUUUGGGUUAUUUUUCAAGUGUGCGACUAAAUACUUCAAUGGUGCGGAGUCAAAUGCUAGAAAAUUCAUUUAUAAUAAAUAAUGCUCCCAAGAAGCUCGAUACGAUAGUUCCAAUUAUUCCUCUGAUUGGAUCAUUGGCUAAAGCGAAAUUUUGUAACGCAUUAGGGCAUCCCAUUAGUAAGCUGACUCGGGCCGAUUUAUCGGAUUUUGAUAUUUUCAAUCGAUUUCUGCGUAUAUGCAGAAAUCUUUCGCAUUAUUACAGCGGAUCCUCAAAAAAAAAGAGUAUGUAUCGAAUAAAAUAUAUACUUCGACUUUCGUGUGUUAAAACUUUGGCCCGUAAACACAAAAGUACUGUACGCGCUUUUUUAAAAAGAUUAGGUUCGGAAUUAUUCGAAGAAUUCUUCACCGAGGAAGAAGAGUUUCUUUCUUUAAUCUUCCCAAGAACUUCUUUUAGUUUGCGGAGGUUAUAUAGAGGGCGAAUUUGGUAUUUGGAUAUUAUUUGCAUCAAUGGCCGGGCCAAUUGUGAAUGA